GACGUCCUCCCACUUUAACUUUGCAUGCGCACCCCCAGGGGCACGUUGUGCAGCGAUCAGUGGUGUGAUGUGUUCUUGGAACACAGCAGAUCACCGAUCAGAGUAAAGAGCAGAUGAUUGCGACAUCUACACUGCCUUGAUGAUCAGUGUAGCCCCAUCAGUGCCCAUCAAAGCCACCUGUCAGUGCUCAUCAAUGCCACAUACCAGUGCCCAUCAGUGCACAUCAAUGCCACAUAUCAGUGCCUACCAGUGCACAUCAAUGCCAAAUAUCAGUGCCCAUCAGAGCUGCCUUUCAGUGCCAACUGUCAGUGCCAGUCAGUGCCACCUAUCAGUGCCAGUCAGUGUUGCCUAUCAGUGCCAUUCAGUGCCGCCUAUCAGUGCCCAUCAGUGCCGCCUAACAGUUCCAAUCAGUGCUGCCUAUCAUUGCCAGUCAGUGCUGCCUAUCAGUGCCAUGUAUGAGUGCUGCCUUUCAGUGCACAUAAGUGAGGCCUGUCAAUGCCCAAGUGCCCAUCACUGCAGCCUCAUUAGCGCACAUCAAUGAAGGAGAAAAAUUACUUAAUUACAAAAUAUUAUAACAGAAACUAAUAAAAAACUUUUUCAAAAUGCUGUCUUUUUUAGUUUGUUUAGCACAAAAAUAA